UGAGGCACAGUCACUGUCACGACUUAUCCACCCACAACAUCCUUCAGAAUGGAUUCCAGAUUCCCGAGGAGAGAGCUGCUGGCUCGUCCUCUAAGGCCGAAAGAGCCUGAGAAGCCCAAGCAUUUGAGCAUUUUUGACAUCAGGAACUUGGGUCUCAGGUUCAGGAAGAAGCCGGACAGCCCUCAGGAGACAAAGUUGCCCAAGAUUGUCCAGCACCCAGGCACAAGUGACAACUCCAAAUGCAAGUUCUCAUCACCUGACCAGAACAAGACCUUGCUUGAGCCUUACCCAUCCGAGCUGGUGUUUCAGAACUAUGCUCUUGGCAAGGUCUGUGAAAUGCCCCUGCUUCUGAGGAAUAGAAGCAAGGUUACUCGGCUGGUGAAGGUCACCAUGGACAGCUCACCUUAUUUCAAGUUGGUCGGCCCCAAUGGUGUGUGCCAUCAGAUCCCACCGAGCUCAUUUUGUACUAUAAACAUCCUUUUCAUCCCUGAGGGGAACAAGUCUCUUUUCCUGCAAGACCAUUUCCACGAGCUUGUCUGCGUCUGCAAAAAGGAAAAGUUCAUUGUGCCAAUCCGGGCCAUUGGUGCCCGGCCAGUCUUGGACUUCCCUGACCAGCUGGACUUCUCGUCGUGUCCAGUCAACCACAGGACCCAGAAGACUCUGGUGGUUCGCAACACCGGGAACCUGGAAGCCUAUUACAGCCUCAGCACUGAGAGCCCUUUCACUGUCAGUCCAGCCACGGGAACCCUCGACAUUGGUGAAACCAUGCAAGUGACAGUGGAAUAUCACCCAGUGGAGACAGGGCAUCAUUCCGCAUCCCUGGCAGUGCACUACGACGUAGUUGAUGAAGAUACCUACACCAGGCUUCUUGGAAAAGCUAAGGACUUCAACAUCGGGCUGGAGAAGUACUCUUUGGAAUUUGACAAAACAUAUCUCACACUGUCAAGCCAAAGAACCAUGGUCAUCCACAACAGAACUAACAUCACAGCCCGGUUCCAGUGGAAGGCUUUUGCUACGGAGACAGACGAGCAUCCACAGAAGAUCAGGCUGUCUCUCAAUCUGUCUCGGCCUCCCCUGGAGACAGCGAAGCUCUCCGUAGAGAAGCGCUAUGAGGAGCUUCGGCUUUACGACCGCAAGUUGGAGAAGGAGAGAGCAAAGAUUGAAGCAGACCCCAUGCUCUUCUCAGAUGAUGUUUUCACCAUUGAGCCCUUGGAGGGAGAGGUUGGGCCACAUGGUUCAACUGAAAUCAAGGUGUUCUUUAAACCCCAAGAAGCCCAAGUCUAUAGAAAAGUGGCCUACUGUUCCAUCUCAGGCCGUGAGAGCAGGCUGCCCCUGCACCUCACAGGGGAAGGCCUCGGGCCCUGCCUCCAUUUCAAGUUUGCAGAACUGGACAUGGGGAAAGUUUUGGUUGGAGAAGCCUACAGCUACGAGGCAAUCCUGGUUAACACAGGAGCUAUCAACGCUCCCUUCAGGCUCAUCCCUCCAACCACAGACCACGGCUCCUGCUUCACCUUUCAGCCCCAGCAGGGCAUCAUUCCACGCAAUGGGAUUCUGCCCAUCCAGAUCUUCUUCAGUUCCAGCAACCUGGGGGAGUUCGAGGAAGAAUUCCAUUUCAAUGUGGCUGAAUGCCCUAAGCCUGUGACCUUGACUAUCAGGGGCCACGUCACCGGACUGAGCCUGCAUUUCAGCACAGGUGGCCUUGACUUCAAUGACGUGUCCUUUGGCUUUCCUCAGACCUUGUCGUGCCACCUGAUCAACACCUCCGUGGUGCCCAUAACCUUCCAUCUUCGCAUUCCUGAGGACGGCCAGGGACAGCCCAGCCUUACCAGCUAUGACCAAGUGAAAUACAACACUCACCCCUCCUGGGAAAAAGGCACACUGGCUCCAUGUCAGGAGAAGCCAAUGGAAUUCACUAUAACACCCAGCACAGGGACUAUCCCUGCCCAGGGAUUCCAGGAGAUCAGGGUCACGCUGUGUUCCAAUGACGUGGGACAGUACGACUGUGAUAUGGUGGUGGACGUGGAUGGUUUUGGCAAGGAGGUGUUGUCUCUGCGCCUCAAAGCCAGAUGUGUCAUUCCUGAGCUGCGUUUGCUCUCCUCCACCCUCGACUGUGGACCGUGCUCUGCAAAGGUCCCUUGCCAGAAGAUGCUGACCCUUGUGAACCCGAGCCCCCUUCCAGGAUGCUACAGAGUUCUCCCUCAGAGAAACCAAGAGGCCGCUACUCUGUGGUACUCCAGCCCCAAACCAUGUGGGAUUAUCCAAGGUCAUGACGUGGUGGAAAUCCCAAUUACAGCUGAAGUCCAGGCAGUGGGUGCUCAUUCCAUCCUGGUGGAUAUCGCCGUGUUCGGGAAGGAGAGAUCCCCACUGCAAAUGCAUUUAAUGUGCACUGGAGAGACGCCGCUUGUCUAUGCAAGUGUGAAUAAGAUAAACUUCGGCAAGAUCCAAGCGAUACAGGACACUUUCCAAACUCUCCAGCUGUGCAAUCAGGGUCUCAUCCCUGCAGCCUUCAGAGUAGAGAUCGGUGACAGAUGUUUGAGGAUUGAACCCAGGGAAGGAGUGGUCCCUGCCAAGGCUGAGGUUCCUGUUGUUGUCACAGCAAACCUGGAUGACACAGGGAAAUUUGAGGAUAGCAUGAAGUUGUUCAUUGAGAACAGCCUUACCAGUGUCAUCCCAAUCCAGGCUGUGGGCACUGGCACCACAAUUACCAUUGACAAACCGUUUGCGCCAGAGCUGAGUUUGGAACCCCAGUUCAACCUCGUUCCCUGCAUUUUUCGAUUCAAAGUAACAAACAAGGGGCGGCAGUUCCAGCGGCUGUUCUGGGGCACAGAAGGUUUCAGCACCUUUCGACAGCGUCAUCCUCUCCCUGCCCUCAGUGUCACCAAGGGCAAAAAUGCUUCCCAGAGUCCCACCACCCCUGUAUUUAAGCUGCGGCCACGAAGUAUGAAUCUGCAGCCAGGCGAGACUAAGGAGCUGGUGGUGGAAGGCUUCUCCAGCAUUGUCCAGGACGUGGAGGAGAAGCUUGUGUGUGAGGCAAUCGUGGAACCAGAGAUAACAAAGAAAGAGAUAAUCAAGACAAAAGUCACCUGCAAGUUCAUUUCUCCCACUGUGCAAAUAUCAUCCAGAGCAAUCACUUUCUGUGUGGAGAAGUACCCCGAUGAUGUCCUGACUCUUCAGUACAAGCCUCUGUCUUUAAAAAACACCUGCUGCCUACCAUUCCACCUUUUGCUGGACUUGGAGCAGCCAUUCCUAAUCUGUGAUGCAAACCAGCAGCCCCUCCCUGCAGGGGCCCAGCCUGUGAAGAUGGAGGCAGGGCAGGAACUUCAUCUCUACAUCAGCUUUAACCCAGCUUAUGAAAAGGAUCCGAUCAGCUGGGUAGCAGAGAAGACUAUGAGGAUCCGGCUUGUGGAACAUCCUUAUGAGGAAGAGAUCACCGUUCGGGGAGAGGUCUACUUCCCGAAUCUCCGUAUCCUGACCAAAGCAUUGGACUUUGGUUGCAUCCUGAGUGACACAGAGCAAGUGCGUUACCUGGAGAUGACCAACUGCAGCCCAAUUCCUGCCCACUACCACUGGUCAUUCCAGGUGGACAGCAGGAAGUACCCAACAGGGUUCAUACCUUCCCCACCUACCUCCAAACGCCAACCACAAAUGUUCACGUCCAGCUGUGAUGAGUGUGGGCGGUGUUCAAGGAGGUACUUCAGGCCUGGCAGUGUGCAGAAGCCAGCCAAAGCCCCGGAAGCAGCGCAGGACUCUUCCCAACAGUCAGCACACUGCCAGGAAAAAGAAGAGGGUUCUUCCCAACAGACAUCAAAGAACUGCGUGGAAACAGAAGAGGAUUCUUCUGAAGAGUCAUCAGAUUCAGAGGACUCCUUGGAAACAGAGCAAGAUUCUUCCCUAAACUCAUCAGAGUCAGAGAGCUGCAUGGAAACAGAAUGGGAUUCUUCUGAAGAGUCAUCAGAUUCAGAGGACUCCCUGGAAACAGACGACGAUUCUUCUGAACAGUCAUCACCAGAGAAGUCCCUGGAAACAAAGCAGGACUCUUACCAGAAGUCAUCUCAUUCAGAAGACUCCCCGGAAGCAAAGGUGCCACUAUCCACUGCUGCAGGGCCUCAGAGCUCAGCAGAGACGGAGGAGUCUGGGCAGUCAGAGGAGGCAAAGCCCCCUGGCUUCAGAGCGGAGGAGGUUUUCGAUGUCCAGCCGGUGUCCGGUGUGCUGCAGCCAGGCAACAGCCAGCAGGUGACCUUCACCUUCUUUGGCCACGCCAACAUCAUGGCCCAUGUCACGGCGCUGUGCCGGGUGGAGGGAGGCCCGACCUACAAGGUGGAGCUGAGGGGGGACACUUCGGUCCUCACCUACCACCUGAGCGUCAAGGAGAUCGACUUUGGGCUGCAGCUCUUUAAUGAAGUCAUUAAAGGAGAGGUCACCCUGCGGAACGACGGGAAGAUCGAAUUCACCUACGUGGUACAGAGCCCCAGCACUGGCACUGAAGACAACCCUCUGCCUGGUGUGCUCGUGGUCCAGCCCAACACAGCUUCCAUUGAACCUGGUGAGGAGCAAGUGCUGAAGCUCUCUUACCUGCCAGGAAUGCCAGGAGUCUUCUGCAAGACUUUCCAGGUUCAAGUGGGUCACCUGAAACCGGCAGAAAUCUCCCUGAAAGGAGAGGCUGUCUUUGCCGGGGUCUGUCUGGACCUGCCCUGGAGCAUCAAAGGAAGUGAAAAAUAUAAGAGGCUAUUGAAACAGGCAAAAGAAAAGCUGAAAAAAGACAAGCAGGACAAGAAAGCAAGUGUUUGGAGCAAGGCUCGAAUCAGGAAUCAACACGUGAAAGGCCCUAACAUUGUGGCAAACACUUGGCUGAGGAUGGAGAUGGAGCGGAUGCUGAUAAACGAAAAUGCUCUGGGGCUGCAACCAACCCUCAUCUCCAGCCCCCCAGAGGACACUGUCUUUGACAAGCACGUUCCUCAGAAGCUUGUCCAAGUUGAGCUACCUGAGUACAUCCUGGACAUGGGCACUGUUGUUCAGGGUUACAACAAAAGCUGCACUGUGAAGAUCACCAACACCUGGAGGUACCCAGUGGCCGUCCGGGCCAAUGAACGUGCCCUGCGUGACACAGGUUUCAGCAUAUACCUGGAGCCCGUGGAUUUCCUGAUCUACGACGCCACCAAACCAUUUGAAGUGAACUUUGCAAGUGCCAACCUGCCCGUGGGAAAGGUGGAUGUACUCCUGCCCAUCAAGGUAGAGAAAGGCCCCACGCUGCACAUCCGCCUCCGUGCCACUGUCGUUCAGCUGCUGCUCAGCCUCUCCAGGGACAGACUCCAGUUCCCCGAUGUCCAGGUUGGGCAGUGCUGGUAUGAAGCAGUCCGGCUCUACAACCCGUUCAACGCGCCCUGUGAAUGGUUCCUAACUGUCAACCAUCCUGCCAAGAAGGUGAACAAAAGUUUGAAACCGGCUGUGCAUCAGAAGGAACUCCAGGCUGUGAAGGACGAUUCCCAUGUCUUUCAGUGGAAGGCCAAGGAGGGAACCCUUUAUGGUAGAGAGUGGUGUGACCUGGAGAUCCAGUUUUCCCCCCUGGAAGAGAAGUCCUACAAAACCGAGCUGAAGAUCAACGUUCGUGGGAACAGCCAGCUCCUCGUGCUGCACAUCUCAGGACAGGGUCUGGAGCCACGGCUGGAGUUCAGCCCCACAGAGAUCAAGCUGGGAGCAGUGCUCCCGUGCAGCCCUGAGCUGGAGAGGACAGUGGUAGUGAAGAACCCCUGCGAGUUCCCCAUUGAAUUUUACUCAUUGGAGUUUGAUGAGGAGUACCGUGAGGAGGAGAAGAUCCUGCGGACGCUGGAGGAGUUUGGAGACCAGGCAGCCGUGGUGAUGCCUCCACGCGCUGUGGGUGAGAAGCUGCCUCCAGAGGUGCUGCAGUACUAUGAAAAAUGGAAGAAGAUGGAAGCUCUGAGUCAAGAAAUUACGUCUAAGCUCAAGGAAGAAUCAGUCGAGGACAAUGUAACGCUUCAAGAGAGCAUCAGGUUGUUAAAGGACAUGGUGGAUGAGUCUGACAGGCCCAUCCAUCAGGCCGUCAAGCGCUACACCCGUCCCGUUGUAGAAGAGGUCAAAGCCCAAAUGCCCAGAGGGAUUGCCAUCAUCGUCUAUGGGACACCCCGGACAGGAAAGACAAGGGCGGCGGUCGCCCUGUCCAAGUAUUAUGGUGUCCCCCGCUUGUCCCUGAACCUGGUAGUGCUAAAAGCCAUGUCGGACAAGCGCAGCUCGGCGGGGCGCCGGGCCCGGGAGCUGUGCAUCGAGGCUACCCGUCAGCAAAGAGCCAUGAGGGAACAGAUGCCGGGUAAAAAGGGUACUCAGGCCAAGAAAACCCAGCCCGGCCCUGGGGACAAAGCCGGGAAGAAGACCAUCAGUAUUGGACACCAGGGCCCCUCAGCAACCAAGGAUAAGGCAUCUGACAAACUCCAGAUGGCAGCCGUUUCCUGCGCCACUGCUCCUGCGCCUCAGCAACUGACCGUCCUCACCAGGAUGGGGAGAAAGGAGAAAAUGAGGAAGUAUUGGAGCUGUGUGCUGCCCGAGGAAUUGCUGGUGGAAAUCAUCUCUGAACGGCUGCAGCUGAGUGACUGCUACAAGGGAGUGGUGUUUGAUGGCCUGGAGACCCUCUUUGCAAGCAGCCUGGCAUCUUCUCUCCUGUGCGUGCUCAAAGCUGUCAGCAAUCGCCCUCAUAUCCACAUUGUAAACAUCUUCCAGGAUUCUGAGUUUUGGAAAAGCAGGCGGAUAGCUGCAAGAGAGAAGGCGGCAGCUAAAAAACAGCAGAAAGCACGGGAGAAGGAAGAAGCUGCCCGGAGAAAGGAAAAACGUCUCUGGGAUGUGGAUGUGGAUGAGUACGAAGCCCUCUCUGAGAAGCAGAAAGCUCUACUUGAUUACAAAAUAGAACAAAUCAAGCGUGAGCGGAAGGAGAGAAGAGAGCAGGAGCGGCUGGCUCGAGAGCAGGAGGAGCAAAAGGCAUUGUUACAAGCCUCAAAGAAGCAGAAGGAAACCAAAACCCCAGACGUCCAGCAAAAGAGCAAAAAACCAGCAGUAAAACAACAACAGCAAGAAACCAAAACCCCAGACGUCCGUAAGGGGAAAACAACAUCAAAACAACAUCAGCAGGAAACCAAAAUCCCAGAGGUCCCAAGUAAGCGUGAGAGGAUCUUGGACCUGAGGUUCGACAUCUAUGAGUCUUCACAGAAGGAGAUCAGACACAUUCUAUCAUCCUGGGACAGGGUUCAGGGUAUCAUGCACAAGUCCCAGUCUUCCCCUAAACACAAAGGUGAGAAGAAGAGUGGUACAUCUCCGGAAAGGCCAGAGAAGAAAUAUCUGGAAGAACAUGGCAGCCACAAGAGUCAUCACCAGGAAGGGGAAGUUGCAAAAGGCUCAUUCAGAAGCCAGGGUGCCGGAGUGCCCUGCUUGGACUUCCACACCACGCGUCGUGAAAACAUGUUUGAGAAGAUCAUGAAGAGCGAGAAGCUGCCACCAGCAAAGCAGAUUCUGGACUCUCUGGGACUGGGUCCCUUAGGGCCUCCCAUUCUCCCAGGCUUGCUUUUGUCUGUGGUCCCCUACCCAGAGGAGGACAGGGUCCCCGCAGCAGCAGAAGACCUCAGACACUUCAUCCUUGUUGAACCUGGAGGUGCUGCUGCAGAAGAUGAUGUGGCCCCAGAGGCAGAGGACCACUUGAAGGAGGGGGAAGACACAAGCAGACAUGACUCUACCCAGGAAAAGCGGAACUCUCCCCAGAGCCCAAAAAGUCUCCAGGAUCACUCCUCAAAAACACCCAGAAGUUCGGCUGAGUCAAGGAAAAGCGAACUGCAGAGUGACUCAACCCUCAAGAGACCUACCAGGCUAAGAAGGUUCCGGUGGAUCGUUCCUGCCCACGGCGAGGUGGAACUGAAGAUCCGCUUCAGCACCACAGUGCCAGGGCAGUUUGACCAGAUGAUGAAUUUUGAGAUCCUGGGGUCAAAGCGCCUGUACCAGUUGCCCUGCAGUGCCACUGCCCUGUACCCCAGCAUCAGCCAGAACCCAUGGCUGGUGUUUCCUCGCUGCAGGAAGAGCAAGGAGAAGGAGGACAUCAUCAUCAAGGAGUACGUCAUGAGCACAAAGCAGUUCUACUUUGGACCACUGCUUUGUGGCAAGUCAAGAGAGUGGUACAAGGCACAGAACUGCCCUGACAACAGCGAAAAGUUAACCAUCCUCAACGACUCCCCCAUGGAGGCAGAGGUCCAUUUCUCCUUUGAGAAUGACAGCAAAGGAGAGACAUUCCUUUUGGACCCUCCCAGCAUGAGGCUGCAGCCCAAAGAGAAGAAGAAGCUGAGUAUUUGGGCAUACCCGACUUCCACUGGCCUCAUGCAAGACAGUCUCAUCUGCCACAUCAAGGACAACGCGGAGCCAGUGGUCUUCCGACUGUGCUGCGAAGGGGUGCAUGUGAAGCUGGAGGUCAGCCCCCACGAGCUGCAGUUCAACAAGCUUCUUCUGCACAGGACUGACACCCAGACUCUAGUCCUCAAAAACGACAGCCCACUGCCCAUGGCAUGGCAUCUGAGUGGGCUGGAGGACCUUGGAGAUGAAUUUUCUGUGUCACAAAGCAGGGGCAUCGUUGGCCCCCGCACAGACUUCGAGGUGAAGGUGGAUUUCAAGGCUGAGAAGAUUGGCAUCACGAAUAAGAUGAUCCGAUUGGAGGUUUCAGAUACAGAAAACAUCCUGGGCAUUGUUCAUGCAGAAACCAUCAAAGUCUCUGUGGAGGUCUAUGAUGUUAAUCUGAGCAUCAACAUGCCUGAAGGUCCAGAUGGCAGUGUGGAAUUUGGAACCAUUAAUGUCUUUGAUAACAAGAAGGAAGUCCUGAGUCUGAAGAACAAAGGCUUAUAUGACAUUGAGUACAGUUUCAAGCUGACAACUGGAAGUUUCAAGAAGGGCGACUUGAAAUCUCAUUUCACUGUCCAGCCACAGAAGGGUGUGCUGAAAGCCUCCCAGCCGAAAGCCUCCCAGCCACCUGUGAAAGUUGAAAUCCUCUUCCACCCUAUGACUGAAAUGCUUCUCAAGAGCAAACCCAUCCUGCUCUGCCAGGUCUUUGAUCCCCAAGUGGGUAAAGGAGGCGAGAUUGUUGCCACCAUCCCAGUGAGGGUGUCGGCGAGAGCCGUGUACAGCAAGUACAGCAUUGAGCCUGCCUCGCCCAUCGACUUCGGUGUCAUCACUAAGGGCACCAAGAAGACCCAAGUCUUAACUGUAGAGAACAAAGGCACCCUCAACUUCAAAUUCGUCAUCCACCAAGCGCCUCCACUGCAAAGUUCACAGCAAGAGGAAUCUGCCCCCUCAGUCAAGGAAAGAACGCACUCGACACAGGCUCAGCUCACUGUAGGCAUGUUCACCGUGUCCCCUUGCUCCGGUUCCGUCGGUCCUUGGGGCAAGCAAAACAUCACGGUGGAUUGCAACGCAGGAGCAGAGGGGAAAUGCGAGGAGCAGCUGUUCAUUGACAUCAGCAACAGAGACCCCAAGGACAAUCCUCUCGGCAUUCCCUUUACCCUGACUGCCGAGUCCUGCUUCCCAGCGCUUGUUGAAGACGUCACGUCCAUCUUUGAGAAGUACCCAAUCCACAGCAACGUCAAUCUCCACCAGACGUUACAGUCAGUGCAAGGCAACGGUGUAUUCAUCAAAGAUGAUAACAAAUUCAUCUUCACCAAAGUUGUGGUUGGGCAACGGGCCACAGCUCACUUCAAGAUCUCUAAUGCCAGCAGUCUCCCAUGUGAUGUGGUCCUCUCCAUCAAAGCCUUGCCUGGAGAGCCUCACAACCUUAUCCGCAACAUCUUCAAGUUGGAUCCUGUUGAGAUGAGGAUUCCUGGUUUAUCCCACGCCUUUGCUACAGUGACCUUCACUCCAGAACAAAAGGAGACCUACCAGAGUACUUUCACAGCUUCCGUUGUUAUCCCAAAAAGCAGCUCUGCGAAUACGAAACCCCAACAACUGACUUUCACUAUCAGUGGAGAGGGGCACGUGCCUCAGCUGACAGUUGAGUACCCGGGCCUUCGGAGCAAGAGCGGAAACCCUGUGCUGCGCUUCAGGAGGCUCCUGCUGGGGGAUUCACAGACACUCCCCCUGGUCCUUCGUAACAAUGGCCUCCUACCCACAAAGUUUACAGUUCAUAUAAUGGAUGACAACAGAGUUUUCUCCCUGAAAAGCACGCAGUCCGCACUCCGUGCCUUCCACAUUGGAGACAAGGAAGAGGACUCUACUGGAAAAGCCAAGAAGCGUCCCCAGAAGCCUUACAUGCUCCUGGAACACGGGCAAUCAGCAGAGUUUGAUGUGUUUUUCAAACCCACCCUGGCCCAACGUCUGGAAGGGAAGGUCCGUGUGCCACUAUCAGGCAACAAUGAGAUCGACAUAGAGCUGGUGGGUGAAGGCUACGACGAUGACUUCAUCCUUGAUAACAUCCCUGGACUAGCAGAAGACAUCAAGGAGAGCAAUGCUGAGGGCAGUCUGGAGGACGACAUCAUUGAGGCUAUCAGAGCGAAUCACAUUGAGUUCGGGGACUGUGCAGUCAGGGAGCUCUACGAGAAGACCUUCACAGUCACCAACCGCAGCAAGGAGGAGGUGAUGCGGUUUGAGUGGCUGCUGGCAGACGCCCCAUUCCAGUUCUCCCCCAAGGUGGGACACCUCCAGCCUGGCUGUGCCAAGGAUAUCAGAGUGACCUUGAAAUCCAAAGUUCCAGUCACCAUCAAAAGGCACUCUGUGAACUGUAAGGUGGCCAAGAUCAGAUACCAGCUGCCACCAGAGGAGGUUUACAACUGGGAUGAUGGAAUGUUCACUGAGAAGUGGGAGGAUACCACAGAGAGAUUACCAGGAGCCCGCUGGCCUAUCAAGAAGAAGGUGGUCAAGGCAGUCCCGGAACCACCUCACACCAUCCUUGAGAAGAGCAUCCGCGAGGUUGAGCUUGUCCUCAGUGCUCAGGUUGACUACGCCGAGUUCAGACUGGACACGGACAAGGUUCAACUGAAGGAGACUGAGCUCUUCCAGACAGAAAUAAGCACUUUCCAGAUGUCCAAUACAGGGAAUGUAGCCCUGACAUACUGCUGGGAGGAGAAUCUGGAGGAGAAAAAACCGUUAAAGAGUUCUGAGAAGCCGUUCUCGUCCACUCUGAUGCGUUAUUUCUUGUCCUCUGACGCUGUGGAUCACUGGUUCGGGCAUCGUCCAAGUCGGGUGCACUGGGCAUCGCCGCUCGAGUCAACUCGGCCCCAGUCAACCCAACCCCCAAGUCGGCGCCGUUCAAGGCAACUGAGCUGUUCUUCGAGGAACAUUGGUUCCUCCCUGGAAUUGUAUCCAGAUGACAUCAAUGACCCACCGCUGUUCUCCAUUGAGCCCCAGUGCGGUACCAUCCCUGCUGGAAAAAAUCAGACUUUCCACGUGAAAUUCUGCCCGAUGCGUCUGGGGGAAUUUAAGGCUGAAAUGCUGUGCAGACUUCCUAACCUGAAGCCAUCUCAGAAGAGCCCACGGGUGUUGGUGAUGGGGAAAGGCUGUGAGCCGAAGGCUGAUCUGAAACGCUUUGCAUCACUGCAAAAAGGUGAAACCCAGAGCAGCAAAACCAAGAAGAAGGUGCAGCGGCCGGCAAAACUAGAGUGACACCAUUUGUGCCAUGGCCUCUCCUGCUCAUGGUUUCCCAGCCUUCACCAGAGACCUCCCCAACUACUCUUCAAGCCCCAACACCCAUCUCGACCUCAUCCAUAUACUACGUAAUAAACUGUGUCUCAACCCACAA